GUUUGUAGUGCUAUGGCGUACCAGGAAGGGGAGUCGCUUGAAUCCUGGCUCAAUAAAGCCACCCAUCCAACAAACAGACAAGAGGACUGGGAGUACAUCAUCGGCUUCUGUGAUCAGAUCAACAAGGAACUGGAGGGUCCUCAGAUUGCAGUAACUCUACUCGUGCACAAAAUCCACUCGCCACAAGAAUGGGAGGCGCUUCAGGCUCUGACAGUGUUAGAAGCUUGUAUGAAGAACUGCGGGAGAAGGUUCCACAAUGAAGUCGGAAAAUACAGAUUUUUGAAUGAGCUGAUUAAAGUUGUUUCCCCAAAGUACCUGGGUGAAACUGCGCCUGAGAAGGUGAAGGUGAAGAUCGUAGAAAUGCUGUACAGCUGGACGGUUGCUUUUCCCAGUGAGACUAAGAUCGGUGAAGCCUACCAGACACUGAGGAGACAAGGCCUCGUGACAAAUGACCCAGAGCUACCGCUGGACAGGACGCUGAUCCCUUCUCCUCCAACUCGACCCAAACACCCGGUGUUUGACAACGAGGACAUGGGGAAGCUUCUCGCUGAACUUCUCCGGAGCAAAAACCCAGAAGAUCUACAGGAAGCCAACAGAUUAAUCAAAAACAUGGUGAAAGAGGAUGAUGCUCGAGUGCAGAAGGUCACGAAGCGAAUCCACACGCUGGAGGAGGUGAACAUCAACGUCAAGCUGCUGACUGAGAUGUUGACCCACUACAAUAAAGACAGUUCAACUGACUCAGACAAGGAGAUCAUUAAGGAGCUCUAUGAACGCUGUGACAAGCUGAGGCGUGCCGCUUUCAAAAUGGCCACUGAGACCGAGGACAAUGACACCAGUUUAGGCGACAUCCUGCAGGCCAGCGACGACCUCUCCAGGGUCAUCAACUCCUAUAAGAAGAUAGUCGAAGGGCAGCCGAUCAACGGCGACAGUGAAGAUCCUCAAACUACAGCUGGACACAGUGAGAGCGAUACCACAGACACACUGAUCGACCUGGCCGGCCUCGACACUCCGAGUCCUCCUCAACCUGCCGCCGCUCCUCCUCUUCCCUCACUUCCUGCCUCCCCCAGCCUCACCCCGUCUCCCAUCCCCGUCCUGCCUCCUCCACCCACACGACUUGCCGGCUCGCAUGGCAGUCAGAGCAGCAGCCCGAGUCAUCCUCCCCUCGACAAGGCCUCCACGGCACUGUCUCUCCUGGACGAUGAGCUGCUGUCUCUGGGACUGAAUGACACCCCUACCUCUCUGAGCAGCAUAUCAAAACCCAAGUUGGAUGAACUUUCCAAUCAGUGGACUUCCUUACAGGGCCCAGCAGUCAGUCUGGACGUGUUUGGUCCUGUAGCUGGUCCCGGUCCGGUGGUUCCGGUGGUUCCGGUGGUUCCGGUUGUUCCUCUGGUCGAAGCAGCCGCCACACACAGUCUGCAGAACCUGCAGGACCUGGCCAUGAUGGGCUUUCCAGAUCACAAGAGUUUGUCCAGCCAGAUGACGGCCAGAGGAAGCAGCUUUGGGAUCCCUGCAGCAGCUCCUGCCUUCAUACCUGGGCAGGGUUCUCCCUCUUCAGCCUCUCUCCUCCAGAGCUCCAUGCCCGGCUCCCCUGCUUUAUCCCAGGCCAAGGCCCAGGCCCUGGGCUCGGCUCCAGGCAGCCCCCUGUUCCGCUCCCUAUCCCCCUGCCACCCUCCCCUCCAGGGCAGCCCGGCCAGAGCUUCAGACGUCUCCCUGAGCAGCGUCCACGUCCUUCUGGAGGCGAUCAGACCGAGUAAAGUCCUGCCUGUGACUGCCUACGAUAAAGACGGCAUACGUGUUCUGUUCAACUUUGCGUCCGACUGUCCUCCUGGCCGGCCUGACGUGUUGGUAAUGGUGGUAUCCAUGCUGAACACAGCGCCCCUACCUGUUCACAGUGUGGUCCUGCAAGCUGCUGUGCCCAAGUCCAUGAAGGUGAAGCUGCAGCCUCCAUCAGGAACAGAACUGGCACCGUUCAACCCCAUCCUACCUCCAGCCUCCAUCACUCAGAUCAUGCUGCUGGCCAAUCCAUCAAAGGAGAAGGUUCGUCUGCGCUACAAGCUCGCCUUCACGCUGGGAGAUCGUCUGUGCAACGAGGUGGGAGAAGUGGACCAGUUCCCCGCUCCAGAGUCGUGGGGUCGGCUAUAGCGGCAUGCAGACCUGCUAACCUCAGCAGGACGGGCCGCUUCAUCCUCCAUGACGGGGUGCGUUGGUUUCCAUCCAUCCCAGAGAGAACGGAGGGCAGGGUGGGGAGAUCCGCCUCACAGCUUUACAUUCCUUAGAGUCGGUCUUUUUUUUUGUUAUUAAUGGAAAUAAUGAAGUGUUAACAGCAAACUCUCGAAGUUUUAGCUAACAAAGCAGAGACGGUGAUGCUUACAGGUCCUUGAGAGAAAUAUUUCAGUGGAUUUUUCCAACAGAUUUGAAUGUACUGCAGGUAUUGGCCUCAAACUGAAGCGUUCCACUGCAGAACAGCACGUUUUAAAAGAAGAGCCAGCAGAUGUGCUUUUAUUUAUUCCUCCUGCAAAUCAAAAAAUAUACUUGAAUAUAUCCAGAGACUUAAAAAUCUAGUAGAUCGCUUCAGAGGGAGUUUGAAUGGAAAAUUUAGCCGCAUAUCUUUGCUGCAGACAGAUAGAAGGAUGUGUGUUUGAUUAUUUUAGCCAUCUGGAUUUUUAACUUGAGUCAUACACUGGUUUUAUUUCAUGUUAGUUUUAUUUUUUGGAGGUAAAUGAAGGUGAUUUUAUCCCAGAUUGUCAGUCAUGUUUCUGGCAGUGGCGAUCCAUAGUGGUGUUUUCUAUUUAAAGAUGUUUUAUUCUCCUACUGGUGUCAGUGUUAGGAGGAUUUCCAUCAUAUUUAUUGAUUUCCUCUUCAUAGUAUUUCAAUGCAUCACUCAACCUUGAAAAUGUGAACUGAACAACCUGAAUAUGAGUUUCAGAUUUCUUUUCCAGUAUGCAGCAGAGGAAUGAAGUGGACCUGUGAAAUUAAUAAUCAGCUCACUAAAUCCUCCUUUACACUGGAUUCAGACUCUUUCACUUUCUGCACACCAUGUUGAAGAUUUUAUUUUGAUAUAAAAACACCAUUUUUGUCCACUCCUCUCUAAGACACUUUAUGCUGUUUUUUCCUAUAAUUUCUCCCUCAUUUGCAUUUUUACUCCACCAAGGAGGUGGUGUUAUGUGACGAUUGGUGUCUGUCUGUUAGCAACAUUACUGAAAGACAGACAAACAGAUUUAGAUGAAAUUUUCAGGGAAUGUCAGAAAUGACACAAGGACCAAGUGAUUAGAUUUUGGCAGUGAUGCAGCUUAUAGUCUGGAUCCACAGAUUUGUUAAAGAUUUUUGUAUCAUUGUGAGAUAGCGGCACGACAUCAGUGUAACCAUGACAACCAGUGAACGCUACAUCACUUCCUGCUGACGAUCACAUGAUUGUGAUCCUACUACAAAUCCACCACUGAGGACUUAUCUUUACUUAUCCAUCAGAAAUGAUCCAAGGAACAACUGAUUAAAUUGUGGGGGUGUUUCUGAGUCCCAUCAAUUCCUGCUGCCUGCUACAUAUUUAGGUCACGUGAUUCAGUAUCCAUACAUAAUGUACACAUGCAGAACACAUGCCUGUGCUCAGCACAGGGUAAUUUUGUUUGUGGGUACAUCUAUAUUAAAUGGACACAUUCUAUGGUGCUGUGAUUUCUGCCAUAAUUGUUUUUCAAGGUUUCGUCUGUUGGAAAUGAUACGAGUUUGGCAGAGUACUGCUUUUCUUGUUGUAGAAGUCUUAAACAGCUCCUGGGAACACUAAAAGCUUUAUCAGUGGUUUUAUACAUGAUUUUAUCUUAUCAAUGCCUUGUUUUGUCACAAAGGUCGGAGUUUCUUCAUGACUUAGUUUUUAUCUUGACAUUUGAAAAUGAGAAAUUGCAGUUUGUUUUGCAGUAAAUCGGCAAAAUUUAAUAAACUUAACUUUGCAAUUUUGGGCUGAGAGUAAAGUGAUGACAGGAAACUAAAGUGUGCAAACAGUAAAAGGGUGUGAAUCCACUUUAAAUCACCUCAUCGUCAUACUGGAAGUACAGAAGUAUGUGUUUAAUGUAAAUAGUGUGUAAUGUAACGUACCUGCUGUCUGCUACGUGAACAUGUGACGUGUAGAUUCUGGGAGACUGUUAGGUCUGUAUAUAGUGUACCAUGUGCCAUUUGUUUCGCUGCAUGGAAAAAUAAAAUUCUUCUUGAAUGUC